AUGCCCAACCAAUUCACCGUCGCCAUAAUCGGCGGCGGCAUGGGCGGUCUCAGCCUCGCCAUCGGCCUCCUCCGCCGCUCCAUCCCAGUAACAAUCUACGAAGCCGCCUCAGCAUUCGGCGAAGUCGGACUAGGCCUGACAAUCGGCCCCGCCGCGCACCGCGCGAUGCCACUGAUCGAUCCCAAAAUCCGCGAAAUCUACGACGCGCUCAUUACGACGCAUGCCGAUAGUCCCGGGUAUGAGCGCUUCAGGGAGACGUGGUUUGAGGUUGUUUGGGCCACGGGCGAGAAGGAGGGCGAGGUGAUGCUUGAUUUGAAGGCGUUGCCGAGUGGGCAGACGACGGUGCGUAGGGCAGAUUUUCUGCAUGCGCUGGUUAAGCUUGUUCCGGAGGGGGUGGCGAGGUUUGGGAAGAGACUGGAGGGGUUGGAAGAGAUUGACCAAGGUAAUGGUGGGAUACGGAUGAGCUUUGCGGAUGGGAGUCAGGCUGAGGCGUCUGUGGUGAUCGGGUGCGAUGGUAUUCACUCGCGGGUGAAGCAGUUUGUUCUGGAUGAAGAGGAAUAUGCGCGUACUCAGCCUAGAUACAGCGGGAUGUAUGGCUACCGGGGAGUGCUGGAUAUGGAGACCAUGAUUGAAGCCGUUGGCGAAGACCGCGCACGGGUCUCGACGAUGUAUAUCGGCGACGGCGCAUACGCGGUAACGUAUCCGAUUAUGCGCGCGAAGAAGGUCAACUGUGGUAUUUAUCCGCUGAAUUCAGACUGGGAUCAGGAGAGUUGGAAGCGGCCGGCGAGGAAGGAGGAUAUGCGGAGGGACUUUGCCCAUAUGGGGCGGCAUAUCAACAGUUUGAUUGAACACAUGCCUGAUCCCUCGCAGUGGGCGAUCUUCGAGCAUCCACAUAUCUCGACGUAUGCGCGGUCCAGGGUGGCUAUUCUGGGCGAUGCAGCGCAUGCGUCUACACCACAUCAAGGCGCAGGUGCCGGACAGGCCAUUGAAGACGCGCAUGUUCUUGCUGAACUGUUAGCCGAUCCGCGCGUCGUUAAUGCUGAGCACGCUGUAGCGGCAUUAAAAGCAUACGAUGUGGUACGGCGGCCGCGGAGUCAGAGGGUCGUCACAACCAGUGGGGAAGCUGCGCAUCUACUCUGUCUACGCCUAGAGGGGGUUGGAGCCGACGAGGAGAAGCUGAAGAAGACACUGCAAGAGCGGUUAAAGUGGCUUUGGGACUUGGAUGUACAGGACCAGGUGGAGAGAGCCAGGGGUAUCAUGGUUGAAGAGAUAGAACGAAAAUGA